CUGGCGUAUCCCGAGCGCCGAAGGCUUGCAGCCGCGGUUGGGUUUCUGGCUGUGUCCAGUGUCAUCACCAUGUCCGCCCCUUUCUUCCUGGGGAAGAUCAUCGAUGUCAUCUACACCGACCCCACGGUGGACUACGGCGACCACCUGACCCCCCUCUGCCUCGGGCUCAGCGGCGUGUUUCUGUGUGGUGCCGCCGCCAACGCCAUCCGUGUCUACCUCAUGCAGACUUCAGGUCAGCGCAUCGUGAACAGGCUGAGAGUUUCCUUAUUCUCCUCGGUCCUGAGGCAGGAGGUCGCGUUCUUUGACAAGACUCGCACAGGAGAGUUGCUCAACCGCCUGUCCUCAGACGCUGCACUCCUGGGGCGCUCGGUGACGGAGAACCUCUCGGAUGGGCUCCGGGCUGGUGCCCAGGCUGCUGUGGGCAUCGGCAUGAUGUUUUUUGUCUCACCUAAUCUGGCCACCUUCGUUUUGAGUGUGGUGCCUCCAAUGUCCAUCCUUGCUGUGAUUUAUGGACGCUAUCUACGGAAACUGACCAAAGUCACACAGGAUUCCCUGGCACAAGCCACUCAGCUAGCUGAGGAACGGAUUGGAAAUAUAAGAACCGUGCGAGCUUUCGGGAAAGAAAUGACUGAAAUAGAUAAAUACACCAGCAAAGUGGGCGACGUGAUGCAGUUAGCAAGAAAAGAGGCGUUCGCUCGGGCCGGCUUCUUCGGAGCAACGGGGCUGUCCGGGAACCUGAUUGUGCUUUCUGUCCUGUACAAAGGGGGGCUGCUGAUGGGCAGUGCCCACAUGACGGUGGGCGAGCUCUCUUCCUUCCUGAUGUAUGCUUUCUGGGUUGGAGUGAGCAUUGGAGGUCUGAGCUCUUUUUACUCGGAGCUGAUGAAAGGCCUGGGUGCUGGGGGGCGCCUCUGGGAACUCCUGGAGAGAAAACCCGAGCUGCCUUUUAACGAGGGCACCAUUUUAAAUGAGAAAAGCUUCCGAGGCGCCCUGGAGUUUAAGAACGUGCAUUUCACCUAUCCAGCUCGCCCGGAGGUACCCAUAUUUCAGGAUUUCAGCCUCUCCAUUCCAUCAGGAUCUGUCACGGCGCUGGUUGGCCCAAGUGGGUCUGGCAAAUCAACAGUGGUUUCGCUGCUGCUGAGGCUGUACGACCCCGUUUCUGGAGCUAUCAGUCUUGAUGGCCAUGACAUCCGUCAGCUAAAUCCAGUCUGGCUGAGAUCCAAAAUUGGAACAGUGAGUCAGGAACCCAUCCUGUUCUCUUGCUCUAUUGCUGAGAACAUCGCUUAUGGUGCUGAUGACCCUUCUUCAGUGACUGUCGAGCAGGUGGGCAAAGUGGCCGAAGUGGCCAACGCAGCAGCUUUCAUUCAGAACUUCCCCCAAGGCUUCAACACAGUGGUCGGAGAAAAGGGUGUCCUCCUUUCAGGUGGGCAGAAACAGCGAAUUGCAAUUGCUCGAGCUCUGCUGAAGAAUCCCAAAAUUCUUCUCCUAGAUGAAGCAACAAGCGCCCUGGAUGCCGAAAACGAGCACCUCGUCCAGGAAGCCCUGGAUCGCCUAAUGGAAGGAAGGACGGUGUUAAUCAUCGCCCACCGUCUGUCCACCAUCAAGAAUGCUAAUAUGGUGGCUGUCCUUGACCAGGGGAGAAUUACCGAAUACGGGAGACAUGAAGAGCUGCUUUCCAAACCAGAUGGCACAUACAGAAAACUGAUGAACAAGCAGAGCUUUAUUUCCACAUAAAGAAGCAAUUGCUGGUAAACCGAGUAUGAGGGGCUGCGAAGCCGAACAGCACUGCAGGGAGAAAAACCUUAGAGACCAGAGGAAAUCUGCAAAUUGUACUGCAAGUUAUUUGAAAAAUGAGUAUUUUUCCCAAAGUUUGUAAAAUAUUGUUCUCGAGACCUUUUUAUCCAGCUUUAGUAAUUGUGACUUUCUACAUGCCAUGAGCGUGAGCGUCACUGUCAGGUUCACACUUCCUUCUGUCUCGGAGUAUUUUCACUAACAGCAUGGGCCGCACUUUUCCUCUGCCCACUGUUGUAGAUUGAAGCUAUGUCAAAUGACAGCUUUAAAAAGGGAAUUAUCGGGACCAGCAGUUAGCGUAAUGGCUAUGUCGCUGGACUCCCACAUAGUCAACCGCGGUUCGCGUCCCGGACCCAGUGGAUUAAAACUCACGCCGGGCACGUGUGCGUGUGUGCCCAAG